AACUUACCCUUGAAGGACUUUUCUACAGAGGUUCGAGCCAACAUGGACAUUAAGAUGUUCAUAAAAGAAGCCACACUUCUUAUGGACAUGGAAGCCUCCUCGAUAGAAGAGAUUAUUCACGAUAUGUUGGAUGCCGUCUUCAAGGACUCUGGAGAUCAAACAAAUCAUUCCUCAUCAACACCAACCAAUAUUGGUGCCGGAACGCAGAGACUAUUCCUGACGCCUAGUCAUUCUCGCCGAGGAUCGACGAUCGAUAUCAAUCAAUGCGGAGUCAAUAACAGUAGUAAUAAUAAUAAUCAUGGAAAUUCCAAUAUUGAUACUAAAUCCCAUACUCUGACUAGAGCAAGUAGAACAAGUCUUUUUGCGUCAAGGAUGUCGACCUUGGGAAGGGAGGAAUUGAUCGAGCAGGCGAAAAAAGCCCUUCUCUUGGAGAUCAAGCACAAUGACUCAUUUUAUAGACGACUGAGUAAGACAAUAAAAUCGGUGUCCUUUCAAGAAAAUGAAGGCAUAACAACGGAUCAGAGUUGGAUUUGUGCCCUUUGCAGUCUGAAGCACAUUCAAAAACGCUACCUGGCUCUGGCUAGACUCGCGUAUCCAGUGAACCUUGGACGCUCUAACGAAGGAACGCAAAUUAUUCUUCUUGUCAUCAGCCCUCAAAAGGAGAUGAUGUGUGGUGAAUUUGCAAGGGACAUUACUAUCAACUUGGCGAGAAGUGACGAAGGUGUUUGCGCUUCAUCGAAAAAGACAAAAUCGGACAUUGAGUUGGGACGGACAUUCGCUACCAUUCUCUCUGACCUUGAAUUUCGACGCCAAUUGAUCUUUGCACAGGAUGAGGCAGAGGUAAAGGCCCUCUUGUGUGCUCGAGCUCAUGAACUUGAAGAGGAACAUGCUCAACUGCGAAUUGAUGAUAUCAUUGAGGACUGCUUCGAACCGACCACCGAAUCAGAUCUUAACAUUCCAUUUGACGUGAGUCUAAUGCACAAUGAUCCCAAGUGCUACUUCUAA